CAUUCUUGUGUCUUGAAGCGCUUUGAUUCUUUAUAGGCUGCUGAAGGGAUUUUCCCACUGCAUCAUCGCCAAUGUUUACUUUCGCUUUUCACUAAAGCAGUGUGCUGUUGGGUUUGUAAUCAAAGCUUUUCUCUCAUGCUGAAAAGCCACAAUAACAUCAUAAAAUUCAAUAAAGAAUGGCGGUGACAUAAAUUCAUCUAGUGGAGCUGGUAGCAGAGCUAUUUGACUUUUCUUACUGUAAACAUUCUGUUCUAUGUACACAACCAUGAUCAGGGAUUGUUUGUGCACCGUACACAACCUCAGUUCAGAGCCUGAACGAUUAAACAACACUGGGUGAAAAGUCCUCGUCAGAAGAAGUGUCUAAUGCCAUAUUCAUGUUUCACUGUGUUUUAUCAAACCUGAGUAUUCAAACCAACAUAGGACAAGAAUCUUUGAUGAUAUUGCCCUAAACAUCUACUGAAAGAAGAAACAACAGCCAAGGAAACAACAGCCCAGUGAGUGUGUGUCCUCAGAUUUUACAGUAACACUGCUGCAAGGCGAGCAUGCCGAUGUGCUGAGUCAUGACUGGAGACCUGUUUGCAGUGGAAAAACUAAUUGUUACUAUUCAGGGACUUGGACAGGAAAAUGAAGGGCAUGCAAAGUGAAUACAAAUGUGAAACUGUAUUUAAUACAAUCUCCCUACAGUAAAAAAAAAUACAAUACACUUGUUAUUUGAUACUUUUAAAUGCAUCCUACCCACUCCCCAUGGGGAAAAUCCACAGCCCAGCUCUCCUGGAGAUUCCCCAUAUUCCCAGCAUAGCAGAACAUUUCUCCAAGUGGGAGGUCUAAUGGAUUUGCUUGAUGCAGGAGCCUGACUGGAUCAAUUAAACACACAGUUUAAAGCAGCUACUGGCUGCUGCAGGUUCCACCAAUGUUGUCAGACUGAGAAGUGAUCAAAACAUUAAGAUGAUCACAAUAUUAUGUGUGGUGGGGGAAGUAUUUUCCCCAGAUGGUUGAUCCAUGAUGAAAUGCACUUUAUUGGCUGAUGGUGCUGGGCUGUGAGGAAAGUACAUUAUUUAGAUCAAUGACUUAUGUACACUUCACAUGGACAUUAUAGUAACAUAGCACAUAGCCUGGACUCAGGUUCAUGAAUGAUUCUAAGUGGGUGUAAUGGAAUUCCCUGCAGGUUUUUCUGAGAUAUAGCAGUGAGCAAAACACUGUGACCUUUGACCUUUAACCAUUAGUUUAUAUUUAAAUCAAAGGAUUUGAGAUAAUACUUCACAGGAAUAGGAGAGGUGGAUGGACAAGCUGAAAUGAUCCUUCACACGCUCACAGUCAGGAAAAUGUUUUAGGUUAUAAUUACUGUCAGUCAAAGUGCUACACAGUGUGCUGGCUGGACAGAGGAGCCCCUUCAGCCAGAGGCUGAUCAGUAUUAGGUGCUCCACAGAACGCCACCAGAGAUCCUUCCUACCGGUGCCAUGAGCCUGUACAACUCCUCCUCUGUCUGUAAGGGUUGAUCUUCAUCCAUGCAAUAACAUAUAAUAAAGCUUUAGCUAGUAAUUAGAUGUCAAAUCAGAGUGUGGGUGUUAAUGUGUUAGCAUUCCUCUAACUGUGACAGCGAUUCAAAGUGUGCAAAAUAAUUUCCCUCCGGGAUUAAUAAAGUUUUUUGAAUAUUGAAUAUCAAAGCCGACAUGGUCACAUGAACCACACGUGUACUGUACAGCUGUGACGUUGGCCUUUAAGAUCCUUGUGCGAUUGACUGAGAGAUAGAAUUACACCUACUUACUCAUUCACUGAGUUUCCACUACUGCUCCUCUCUGUUUAGCAACAGGAAGCAAAGAUAAAGAUCAAUUUGAACCUUUACAUUGUAGAGUUCUGAAACUUUCAAUUCACCUGAAACAGCAAACGUAGAGGAGAAAAACAAAGUGCAAAUAAUCCAGGCAGAAUGAAGGAUAUUACUUUUAUGAAUUUAGGUCUGAAUUUAAACUAAAUGUACUCAAUAAAAGUGAAGGAAAUUACAUGUAACAGCAUGUGCAACUAAAAAACAAUUAAAUCAUUCAUGUUGUUAGAUUACUGAACCAGAUUCACUGCAGCACCUGAAGGUGCAGAUGAUUUCAUGACCACAACACAGAAUUGGUACAAAUAAGUUUUAUGUUUUAGCAUUUUUCUAAUCUUCAACCAGUUGAACUGAUACUGGGCUCAGUUAGUUGAAUGAGAGGCAACGAUGUGACUUCUGAAACUGGGAACAAGACAAACUGGUUUUAUUGCAUAAUAAAAUCUAAAUUGGAAGAUUUUGGUUUGAAAUGAUUCCAAGUAAAUGUGGUGUAAAAAAAGAUCAGAACAAUAUGACUUGAGUUUGGUGUAAAUUAUCAUAAAGAGAAAAUAAUGUGUGUACUGUUCAAAUGUUUUUUAACGUGCACACUCAGAGAAGCGCCUCCUCCGGUCCACAGUCUGUGUCUGCGCCUUCCCUUUCAGCAGGAGCUCAAAUACACAUCUUCCUCUCAUGAGGAAACAAGUGGCAUUUGCACCAAGUCAGAUGAGCCACCGUCUCCAUGACGACAAGACAUUCCCCAGCCUUAAAACCUGCCGGGGUGCAUUUGGACACCCAUCGACUUCCGACUGCAAGGCCUGAUUCACAAACGACUGCAGGUCCAUUUCGGAAGCACGCAGCCCCAACUCCAGCUCAGAGGCAGUAUCUCUGCACCAUCGCAGCUUCCUACAGCCCCGCACACGUCCGCAAGCUCCUCGCUCAGCACUACGUCAGCAUACUGAACAGGAGUAUACGCACAGGCAUCAUCACUGACAGAGACAACCUUGUUGUGGCAUCACAAGAGGAAAAUCAUCUAUCAAAAUCACAGUCAGAAGUUUUAUCCGCGGGAAAACAAAAGGGGAAGACUAAAAGUAACACAAAACAUUCCAAAAAGAUUUUUCUCCCAAAAAUACCAUUGAGUAACUCAGUGCCAAAGAAGAAAAAGACGAAGAAACACACAACAGCAUCACCCAAGACGAAGCCAACUCCACGGGCCAGGAUCAGACGAGCAAUGGAGGAGAAGGAGGAGGAAGGACUGAACGGUUCUCUAACUGAAUGCUUGAGCUCACUCUCUGUGGGAGGAUGGACUGACAGCUCCUCAGAUUUAUCAACAGGAGUGGUCAAAUUCAGAUGAUAAAGGCCUAUAAAACCUGUUUCAGUUGUAUCCAUGUGAGCACAAAUAUGAUUGUUGUCUAAAAUUAAAGACAAAACAGAAGCA